AUGCCUAUUGAAGUUCCCUCACAGCAAAGCCAGCAUGUCGCUCAUCCACCGAACUCCGGUGCUCCCGACCAACCGGGAUACUCACUCUUCAACGACCCCCAUGCGUCGCUCGCAAAAUUCACUGCAAAGCUCCCACCCUCGUCCAUCAAUAGUUUCUGCGGCGCUAUGGCAGGUGUCGCGUCGGGGAUUGUGACGUGCCCCCUCGACGUUAUCAAGACAAGAUUACAGUCGCAAGGUUCCUUCACACGGGGCAUCAGUCGAGGAACACCAUCUUCAAAAGCAAUCUAUAAUGGUCUAUCUGGCACCGCCAAAGUGAUAUGGAUGGAAGAUGGCUUGCGCGGGAUGUAUCGCGGUCUUGGACCUAUGCUCUUGGGCUACCUUCCUACAUGGGCCGUGUACAUGAGCGUCUAUGACUCCUCAAAAGACUUUUACUAUACUCAAGUCGAUAACAAGUGGUUCGCUCGGAUCUACGCAUCGGUGACAGCUGGAGCAUGCUCGACCCUCGCAACAAAUCCUAUUUGGGUCAUCAAGACUCGAUUAAUGUCUCAAGUCAGUGAAAGAGCCUCUAAAGAACACCGGACACCCUGGCACUACAAGUCGACGUUUGACGCAGCCAAAAAAAUGUAUCGAACAGAGGGAUUCCUUGCCUUCUACUCAGGCUUGACACCGGCACUACUCGGUUUGACACACGUCGCGAUCCAAUUCCCAUUGUACGAGUUUUUUAAAAUGAAAUUCACAGGCCUUGAGAUGGGCGAAAACACCAAAGAGGACCAUGACGUGCACUGGGCUGGUAUCUUGGGCGGGACAUUUCUCAGCAAGAUCUGUGCUACUACUGCUACCUAUCCGCAUGAAGUGCUUCGAACCCGUCUCCAAACCCAGCAGCGAUCCUUGCCAUCGACUUCGUCCGAAGGGGUCUCUUUCCGAGGCUCCUUGGGUGAGCCGAGUACGUCCCGGGGGUCUGGAACAGCAGGGCGUGCGUCAUCAGAAGGAGUCUUGCCACGAGCUGUCUUAGGCUUGACGGCCUCUCAUCCCCCUGGAUCAGCGUCUUCAGAUGGCAUGAUCAAUCUGCCACGAUACCACGGAGUUGUGAAGACAUUCAAGACCAUUCUGGCUGAGGAGGGCUGGAGAGCAUUCUAUAAUGGAAUGGGCACCAAUAUGGUCCGGGCUGUACCAGCGGCAAUGACGACAAUGAUCACUUACGAAGUGCUCAAGAAAGCGUGUCACCGGCUACAAGAGGAAGGCCAGGCUGCUUUGAAUGAAGAACCGUGA